AUGCUUACUAUCGGAAUAAUAUUACUGAUACUGCAGUUCAACAUUGCCGUAUUUGCGCAAGGUCUAUUUGAUCCGUCAAGUUUCACUGAGUCAACUUGUUCAGGAAAUAAUCAAUGGACAACCUGGUUCGAUUCGAGUGAUCCAAGUAGUUCACAAGGUGAUUUUGAAGUAACGAAUCAUUUGCAACAAAAUUUUCCUUUGUUUAUGUGUCCUGCACCUAUUGCUGUUGAGGCGCAAACCGUGAAAGGAGCAUCUCCAGUGCAAACUGGUGAUUUGUUUCGUUUGACUCUCAAAGACGGAUUUCUAUGUUUAAAUCAACAAGUAGAUGGAUACAAACAGAAAGUAUGUACAGAUUAUAGGGUACGUUUCUGUUGUUCGAAGACAAGUAUCGGACAAUCAACUAGCGCCACAGUAGCUACUCCUCGUCCGACAACAACACCAUUGGUACCGACAACUAACACUUGCGGUCGUCAAUCUAUUACUCCAGCUACGCAACGUAUUGUUGGAGGAGUGGAAGCAAUACCACAUUCAUGGCCAUGGAUUGUUUCAUUACAAGUACGUGAUCACUUUUGUGGUGGAACAUUGAUUGAUACCCGUCACGUGCUCACCGCUGCUCACUGUUUGACAUCAGCUAGUAGUAGUCAACUUCGUAUCAUUGCCGGUUUACAUGAACGAUCGAAUAAGAACAACGGUCGUACACAGAACAUCGGUGUUACACGUAUUUUUAUGCAUGAACAAUACAAUUCGAUUACUCAAGCUCACGACAUCGCUGUUCUUCGUUUAGCACAACCAGUUCAAUUGAAUGCCUAUGUUAGUUUGGUUUGCUUGCCAGGACCGGAUCCUCAAGAAUCAAUGCCAGUUACAGUCGCUGGCUGGGGUUCAAUACACAAAGGUAGUGCCUUACCCAAUGCUCUUCGACAAGUGACUGUUCAAGUAACAAAUUCGCAAGCCAAAGCAGCUUACCCGGCAUAUUUCAAUGUUCAGCGACAAAUUGGUGCUAGUAUGCCUUAUGUUGGCGGAAAAGAUAGUUGUCAAGGUGAUAGCGGCGGUCCUUUGAUGUAUAAUACUAAUGGCCAAUGGUAUCUAUCUGGUGUUGUUAGUUUUGGAGCUGAUUGUGCUCUUUCCAACUAUCCGGGGGUUUAUACACGUACAAGUACAUAUCUCAACUGGAUUCACAGUAAAAUCAAUUCAUAUUAA